GCAGCCCCAUGGCCAUGGGGAGCGGUGCUUUCACUCUGGCCCUGGCCCUGGCCCUGGCGACAUACGUCAUUCCUGAGGAGAGGAAGUGCCAGCUCAGUGGGCUGUGGAGGAAUGAGCUGGACUCACUGAUGGAGAUUUCGGCUGUGAGGGACAACGGGGACUUCCAGGGGAAAUACCUCACACGUGUCACCCUUGCCGGCAGCUGUGCCCAUGCCUCCCCCCUGAGAGGUGCCCAGCAGCAGCCCAGUGAGGGGGGUUGGCCCACUUUUGCCUUCACCGUGCGCUGGGACAAGUUCUCCAAUGCCACCACUGCCUUCACGGGGCAGUGCUUCAUGGACACGGGUGGAAAGGAGACACUGACCACCAUGUGGCUGCUGCGUGAAGCUGUUGGGUCCCUCGAGGAGGACUGGAAAGCCACGAGGGUGGGCAGAAAUGUCUUCACACGCAAACGCAUCCGAAAAGGAAAGAUCCUGCCAAGCUUGUCCCCAUCUUGUGAAGACACAUCUUCACCUGCCCCGUGA